AUGGCAACAGUGGAUCUUUUGGUCGUUAUCAUUGAGAUUAUACUGAGUAAAAUCAAGAAUGAUUAUUUCCCAAACUCGUUCCUGGACAUCACUCCUGUGUGUAGUGUUAGCUAUGCCCUGCGCCGUGUAGUCAUAGACUGUUCUGUCUGGUUCACCAUCGCAUUCACCUUUGAUCGAUAUGUCACCAUAUGUUGUGAGAAACUCAAAGCCAAAUAUUGCACUGAGAAAACUGCAACUGUGGUUUUGGCAACAACGGGCAAUCUGCUGUGUUUAAAAAAUAUUCCUAUCUACUUUAGAUUUGUACCUUAUAAGAUCGUUAAUAAUGUAUCAUGGUACUGUUCAAACAGCGAUGCAUAUAAUGAUGACCCUGUGUGGAGAGGUUUUAACAAUUUUGAGAAGAUUCUAACCCCAAUACUUCCAUUUGGUUUAAUUCUGUUCCUCAAUGCUCUGACAGUAAGACACAUUAUAGUCGCCAGUCAUGUCCGUCAGGGACUGAAGUGUCAGAGUAAAGGAGAUACUUCUCGUGAUCGAGAGAUGGAGAGUAGAAGGCAGUGUGUGGUUUUACUAUUCGCCAUAUCUGGCAGCUUCAUAUUUAUGUGGCUGUGGUAUAUUUUAUAUUACUUUGAUGCUGAUGACCCUUUAGAUAGUGAUGGUGAGUAUAUCUUUAAACAAUUUGCAUAUAUGCUGCGGAAUUUGAAUUGCUGCACGAGCGCCAUUGUCUAUGUGGCAUCUCUUCCGAGGUUCCGCGAGAACCUCAGGAACCCAUUGGAAGCUAUUUUUACAUAA